AUGAUUGCCAUCGGCCUGGAGGGAUCUGCCAACAAGCUCGCCGUCGGCGUCAUGCUGCACCCGAAAGACGGCGGCCCCGCGCAGGUUCUCGCGAAUAUCAGACACACCUAUUCCCCGCCGCCGGGGGAAGGCUUUCUCCCCAAGGAUACGGCGCAGCAUCAUCGCGCAUGGGUUGUGAAGCUGGUGAAGCAGAGCCUCCAGGAGGCCCGCGUGAACGUGGAGGAUAUCGACUGCAUCUGCUAUACAAAAGGCCCUGGCAUGGGAGCCCCGCUUCAAAGCGCGGCCAUUGCAGCACGCACGUUGAGUCUCCUCUGGGGCAAGCCCUUGGUGGGCGUAAACCACUGUGUUGGACAUAUUGAAAUGGGUCGCUGUGUGACCGGUGCAUCCAAUCCUAUUGUUCUCUAUGUCUCUGGUGGCAACACGCAAGUGAUAGCAUAUAGCUCGCAACGCUACCGUAUCUUUGGAGAAACCCUUGACAUCGCUGUUGGGAACUGUUUAGAUCGCUUUGCUCGCGUGCUCUAUAUCCCCAACGACCCCGCGCCAGGGUACAAUAUCGAACAACUCGCUAAAAAGGGCAAACAGUUGGUAGAGCUCCCCUAUACUGUGAAAGGCAUGGACUGCUCUUUCUCCGGUGUAUUGGCAUAUGUAGAAUCCUUGGCAAACUCUCUCGGCAUCAACGGGGAAUCAGGGGCAGCUUCUGAAGAGUUGACCCAAGCAGACUCGGAUGAUAAGGGCCAAGUUGACGGCAAGCUCACCCGCGCAGAUUUGUGUUUCUCUUUGCAGGAGACAAUCUAUGCAAUGCUGGUUGAGAUUUCUGAGCGGGCUAUGGCCCAUGUCGGCUCUAAAGAUGUCCUUAUAGUCGGCGGCGUUGGAAGCAAUGAGCGAUUGCAGGAAAUGAUGGGCAUCAUGGCACGCGAUCGUGGAGGUUAUGUAUAUGCCACGGACGAACGCUAUUGCAUCGACAAUGGCAUUAUGAUUGCGCAGGCUGGUCUGAUGGCCUAUAAGGAAGGUUUCAGGACAAAGCUUGAGGAUGCAACAUGCACUCAAAGGUUUCGAACUGAUGAGGUACUUGUGACGUGGAGAGACUGA